CUGCUCUUUCCAAACCGGAAAAGGAAGUUUAUCUCUCGCUAGCCACUUCCCCCUGGUCAUGUGAGGGAGCAGAGUGUCUGGGCUCUCCCAGGCUCACCCGGGGCGGACAUGGGCUGCUGCUACAGUGGGGAGACCGACACCGGCAAGGGGGAUCAAGGAGAAAGGGAACAUCUGCUGCCCUCCAACCAGACGCUUCCCAACAGGACGCCAAAUGGAUCCGAACCAAACUCUAUCAAUAACCCGGCGGCCCGGACAGACGAGCAGGCGCUGCUCUCCCGUAUCUUGGCCAGGACGGCUCAGAACAUCAUUGACGUAUCGGCUGUGGAGUCCCAGGGGAUGGAGCAGCAUGAAUGUAUGGACAGAGCCAGGCAGUACAGCACACGUCUAGCGAAGCUCAGUAGUAACCUAACGCACUGGAAGAAGGUUCCCCCUCUGCCCUCGCUCACUGCCCAGCCACACCAAAUACUCGCCAGCGACCCCGUUCCUUAUGCAGAUAUCCAGCAGGUUUCAAAGAUCGCGGCGUACGCCUUCAGUGCACUUUCCCAGAUCCGCGUGGACGCCAAGGAGGACCUUGUUGUACAGUUUGGGAUUCCGUAAUCCCGGCACACUCCUCACUCUUCUCUCAUCCC